UGAAAUUCAGCAAAUUCCACCAUCGAGCCUUGCAAAUGAUUUAUAAGGAAUACUAAACAAGAGCAAGCCAUUAGAAGACCCAUGCUUUAAAUUUAAAAUAAAAAAUGCAGUGCUUGACUUUACCCCUAAAUAACAAGCAACAACAAAAUAGUCAAAUAACUCAUCACAAAUAUACAGAGUACUCCGUAUAUGUUUUGUUUGGAAAAAGUUGCCUUCAAAUUCGUUGAGAAAUGAACAUUUAACAGCAACAAUGCUUACAUCUUAAAAAGCGUUAGGAAAGUGACAGGUCUGGAGUGAUCUGAAAGUAAACUACAAAGGGAUCAUCCGCCUGGUUUGGGGGGCUUGCGAUACUUCUCCUCAACGUCCUUGGCCUUGAAGAGAACGGACUCUAUGAGCUUCUGAAUGUUAGGGACGCUAUAGUUUUGAGCUAUGUAGAUUCCGCACACUGUACCGGUUAUGAAUGAGAAGCCGCUCUUAAUUAGCCCCAUCUCUGUCCGGCUUUCCGACCUAUGAGGUUUUGCUGUGCAGUAGAUGAGAGAUUUCGCUACAAUUAGGGGUUCCGGCGGAGGUCUACAGAAGACGGCGUGGACAACUACCGCGUGAUUCGAUAACUGCGACGGCGCUGUCGUCUGAUUUUUAUUUCACAAAAGAUUUCCAUUACGAACAGUUGACAGACUCAACGGAGAAGCCCAAGCGAGGGGAUUGACCGGGCAGCGCAUCCCGUGCGUGCUUCUAAAAAUAGUUCGAGUUGCGAUUGGACCCAUAUGCGGAUUGGGCCAAUUGAGGUCAGAAAGGUCUGUAUGGAUCGCAGAAUGUGACUGCCGACAAUUCUCGCAUCUUCGUCAGAAAUCACCGGAGGUUAUCCGGAUUCAAAGAAUUUUAUGAGUUUCCGUCAGUUUGGGAUCAAAGAAUAAAAUUGGCUUGUUAGUAUUUUGAUUGUCGAAGAUUCAUAUCAGUCUCCGAUGGGAGUGAGCUACAUGUCAGUUUCAACCGCCUGUACUGCUCUAAGCUUUAUUGGGCUUCAGUGUUGGAUAGGAUGGUCACUUGAUAAAUUAAGUUCUGAUGGGCCCAUUCUUUCAAGUAUUCUCAACUCACGUGAUGCAAGUCCGGCACUUGAGGCAGUUCUGGAUUCGUACACCACUAUUGCGCUGGUGGCGAAUUUUGUCAUUAACACAUUUGUUUUACUGAUUUUGUGUCUCAAGACUAUAUUCUUUGGAGAAUUGCACUCGUCUGAAAGUAGGAAAUUGGCUGAACGCCUCAUCAACUAUAUCAUCUACAAGGGACCUUUCAUCCCCCUGGUCAUUCCAUCAACAGUUUUUCAAGCAGGACUAUGGUCAACAUGGCUGGUUGUCCUUUGUUCUUUAAAGAUGUUUCAAGCAUUAGCCAGGGAUCGCCUUGAACGCUUGAAUGCUUCUCCCAGUGCUACACCUUGGACCUAUUUUCGUGUUUAUUCUAUGCUUCUCCUGGUUUUUUCCUUGGACAUGCUCUGGAUAAAGCUGUGCCUGACCAUAUACAGCACAAUAAGUUCACCAAUAUAUUUAUUGCUGUUCUUUGAACCUCUUAGCAUUGCCUUUGAGACGCUUCAGGCUAUUCUGGUUCAUAGUUUUCAGUUGCUUGAUAUAUGGCUUCACCACUCUUCAGGAAGUAUUGCAAAUAGUCAAACAACUAAGCUAUUUGAUGUUUCUGCUGCAGGUUCAUUCUUGGAAUGGAAAUGCAUUCUUAUUCGAAACUUAGGUUUUUUCCUGGACAUGAUGACAUUGUUGAUGGCCCUUGCGCACUAUGUGCAUAUUUGGUGGCUUCAUGGCAUGUCAUUUCAUCUUAUGGAUGCAAUCCUUUUCCUUAACAUCCGUGCCUUAUUGAGUGCAAUUGUGAAACGAAUAAAAGGAUUUGUUAAAUUGAGAGUAGCAUUGGGUACUCUUCAUGGUGCACUUCCUGACGCAACAUGUGAAGAGCUGCAAGCAUAUGACGAUGAAUGUGCUAUUUGCCGGGAACCAAUGGCCAAGGCUAAGAAGCUCUCUUGCAAUCAUCUCUUCCAUCUUUCCUGCUUGCGAUCUUGGCUGGAUCAAGGUCUAAAUGAAAAUUAUUCGUGCCCUACUUGCCGGAAGCCACUUUUUGUUGGCAGAGCCGAAAAUGAAGUGAAUAGCCAAGCUGCCCAAGUUUCUGGAGAUGAACAGCUUGCACGUCAAAUGAGUCUGGUACUUGACCGGUCAAAUCUUCCUGGUCAUCCCCAUCCUACUGAAGUUUUCCACAAUCACCAACAGAACCCUUUGGAAAACCGUGAAUGGAGAGGGGCUGGUGUGGAUUCAAGUUGGUUGAGUUUGGACGGGGCGAGCUCCUCGACAAGCGUAAGAUCGGGGGGAUUUAGUAGAGUUCAAAUGAUGAUGCGACAUCUUGCAGCCGUGGGAGAGACAUAUGCCCAAACUGCCCUUGAAGAUGCUGCAUGGAGUCUUUUAUCUAUGCAUCAUUCCUCCCAGGCCAGUACAUCCACUUCACCCACCCCACCCGUGAAUCAUGAUAGUGAUAGUGGUUUGCGCUUGAGAACCCCACAUGGGGGCGUAAAUGACAACAAUUUAUCACACUUAAUGGCAAUGGCUGAAACUGUUAGGGAAGUUUUGCCUCAUAUCCCGGAUGAAAUCAUAUUCCAGGAUUUGCAGAGGACAAACUCACCGACUCUUACUGUGAAUAAUCUCCUACUAAUGUGAUCCGAAUCGGUGAUGCUCUUCCUUGAUGACAUAUUUAUUACAUACGUGGAUGAGUAAGGUAGGAUGCAGCUGAGCUGCAUGCCAGGUUCCACACCAUCUGUUGUAAUUUGUUGUAUCUUGAGAUAGAUUAUAUAAUACAUAACUACAUAAGCUUCAUUUUUUGUAUAUAGAUGGAAGCAGUUCUUCAUUUGUUAACCAAACUUCCAGUUAACAUUAUUGGAGAAAUAAUUCCUUAUAGUAAACAACAAACAAAUACAAGCACGAUCGUCUCUGUGCAUGAGCCUGCUUCAUUUUCGUUUUCUGUUUGUUUUUAUAUUGGAUAUACGAUAGUAUUAGAUUUGAUAAUUUGAUCUUAAUAGUUGUACCUUUUCCUGCU